GUUAUCUACCUUUAGUCAACAGUUCUUAAUUGGUGUUGGAAUACUUCACAAGUCGUCAACAUGGCUCAGGAAAUUCUCGUGAAUGGAUAUGAUGAAUAUGUAGCAACAGCUGAUCAAAACAAAGGCAAAACAAUAUUUGCUUUAUUUACAGGAAGUAAAGACUCUAGUGGCCAAAGCUGGUGUCCCGACUGUGUCAAAGCUGAUCCUGUGAUAAAGCGAAACAUGAAGCAACUUCCAAGUGAUGCUAUUUUUAUUCACUGUAAUGUUGGUGAUCGUACAUUUUGGAAAGAUCAGAAUAAUGGCUUUAGAAAAGAUGCUAAACUACGUUUAACUGCUGUUCCAACUCUAUUAAAAUUUGGCCAUCCUAAUCAACUCAAAGAAGAACAAUGUAUGAACGAUGACCUCAUCCAAAUGCUCUUUACUGAAGAAUAAUUCAUAUUCUUUCUUCUCUAAAUACUCCAAAACUAAUUCUUUGAAGAUGAAAUAAAGUUCUUUGUACUUAA